ACUUCUCAAGAACAAACCAAGACCUACAAUGAAGGAGGUAGAGGACGCUUUUGAUACAACCAUUUGUCGAUGUACAGGCUAUCGCGCCAUUCUGGACGGGAUGAAGUCUUUCGCCACUGAUGCCCCGAACCCUGACGUCAUUGACAUUGAGGAAAUGGGUGUGAAACUCUGCAGCAAAAAUGGACUACCAUGUACUAACUUGUGCGAUGACAUCAGGAAACUUCUGCAUAUCGGUAACAAAGAAUACCAGUGGUUGAGACCAGCCAACCUGACUCAGCUAACCAGCCUACUGAAGCAGUAUUCCAAACAGAAAUACCGUCUUGUCUUCGGAAACACAGGAUUCGGUGUUUUUAAGGAACUGGCCGUGAAAAACUUCGACAUAUUGAUCGACAUUCGGGGAGUCAAUGAGCUCUACACAGUCGAUUUAGAUGAAGAAUUCUACCUGACCUUGGGUGCCAACCUGACAUUGACAAACCUGAAAGAACUGUUCGAGAAUCUCACAGACUCUUCGGUGCCCUAUGCUAAAGAGUUUGCCGACCACCUCUUGUACGUGGCAUCUACGGGUGUCCGCAAUCUUGGUUCAUGGGCAGGUAACCUAAUGCUGAAGUACAGCCACAAGGAGUUUCCAUCAGACAUCUUUCUACUGCUGUCGACUGUGGGAGUUACUCUGAAUAUAGUCGAUGAAAAGGGAAGCAACAAGAACUACUCAAUGGUGGACUUUCUGUCGCUGAACAUGACCGGGAAGGUGAUUGUUUCCAUGCAGUUGCCCAAAUACAAGAGUCAGAAUAUCGUCAUCCGCACAUUCAAGACAUCGCCCAGGCUGCAGCAAAGCCUGGCAUACAUAUCAUCAGGCUUCAACUUCCAGAUUGAUAUCAGCAACAAUUAUCUCAUUAAGACCAAACCUGUGAUGACUAUACAAGGAAUCGGCCCCAGUCUGAUACAUGCCAGCCAGACAGAACAGUAUCUCACCAACAAAAGUUUAGCUGAUCCACUUGUUAUCAAAGAAGCCUUCAGGAUCUUGUCAACAGAAGUGCAGAAGGGUUCAGAAAGUCUUGUACUGGCAAGCUUGGUGUAUCGGUCAUCUCUGGCAAUUGGGCAUUUCUACAAGUUCAUUCUCAGAGUUUGCAAGGACAAGGUUGACGCUCGUUUCCUCAGUGGUGGGUUGGACCUGGAGCGACCCGUAUCGUCAGGUACCCAUGACUAUGGGACACAAGAUGAAAGCAUUUUCCCGGUCUCCAAACCUAUGAUGAAGUUAACAGCUACACAUUUGACUAAAGGUGAGAUCAAGUUUGUCACCGACCUGCCAUCUAUUCAAGGUCAGCUCUAUGCAGCUGUUGUUUUGAGUGCCCGGGGUAAUGCCAAGAUAGAAAAGAUCGACGCUUCUGCUGCUCUGGCAAUCAAAGGUGUUAUAGCCUUUGUACAAGCCUCAGAUAUCCCUGGAAUCAACAACUGGAGGCCACUGAGUGUAUAUCCUGUUGGAUCAGAGUUGCUGAGUUCUGGUUUUGUCGGAUAUGCCGGUCAACCACUUGGGGUCGUCAUCGCAGAGACCCAGACCAUCGCCUUGGACGCAGCUGAGGUUGUACAAGUGCGGUAUACCGAGAUCAGACCCGUCAUUGUUGAUAUCCUGGAUGCUAUAGCACAGAAAUCGUUUUUCGAGAGACUGGGACCCUUCACUAAAGGGGACGCUAAAGUUGCCAUGGAGUCUGCCCCGCGCCGCCUGAAAGGCAGCACCCGCACAGAGGAUCAGUAUCACUUCCAGCUGGAGAACCAAGCAGCCACUUGCACGCCCACUGACCUCGGUGGCAUGGACGUGGUCGCCACGAGCCAGUGGAUCAGCGGCGUACAGGAAACUGUGGCGCAAGUGUUGGGCAUUCAACAGGCCAGUGUGAAGGUUGAGACGCAGAGGCUAGGGGGUGCAUUUGGUUCCAAAAUUGUGUACAACAUGCCAGUGGCAGGAAUGGCAGCUGUGGCAGCACACAAAGUCAAGAGGCCUGUUACUCUUACCAUGGAUCUCAAGACCAACAUGCAGUUCCAAGGAAAGCGAGAAGGAUACUACUACGAGUAUGAGGUCGGAUUUGAUGACGACGGAAAGCUGCUGGCCAUUAUUGCAACUGCAUAUGGGGAUGGAGGGGCAGAGUUCCAAAUUCCAGAGAGCAAUGAGCUCACUGAAGAUUACGUGGACAAUGCUUACUUCUGUCCAAACUGGUCCUGGACCUUCCAGCCAUGCAAGACCAACAAGCCUGUGAUCACACCUAUGAGAGCUGUAGGCUCUGCCACAGCCAUCUUUGCAAUGGAGAGCAUGCUAGACCACGUGGCUACACACCUGAAAAAGGAUCACCUAGAGGUUCGCAAGGUCAAUUUCUUCAAAGAUGGUCAGUCGACACUUGCAGGAUUGGUGUUAAACAAUACCCUGACGAGGCAAGUGGUCCAGCAGUUAGAGAAGGACAUUCAGUACGCUGAGAGAAAACAGCGAGUGGAAGACUUUAACAAGGCCAACAGGUGGAGAAAGAAAGGCCUGCACGUGAUGCCUGCUAGGUAUGCCUUCCUGUACACAAUAUUACGACACAACACCAGUGUCAUCAUCUACCACGGAGACGCAACAGUGUCUAUCGCACAUGGAGGCAUUGACAUCGGCCAAGGCAUCAACACCAAGGCUGUUCAAACUUGCGCUUACAAACUAGGGAUCUCCAUGGACAAGAUCAAAGUGGCCACAUCUUCAACCGUAAUCAAUGCGAACUCUGACUUUACUGGCGGAUCUACAACAACGGAUCUCAUUUGCAACGCGGUCAUCAAAUGUUGUGAUACACUCAAUGCACGCCUGGAAGCAACCAGGAAAUCCCUCACAAAUCCCAGCUGGGAGGAACUCAUCAGAAAGGCUUUCGUCGACGGGGUGAACCUGACAGCACAGUACUGGCCAGAAAAGCCCCUAGAUUUCUACAACAGCUACAUCGCUGCUUGUGCCGAGGUUGAGCUGGACGUCCUCACAGGACAGUACCAGAUCACACAGGAGGAUUAUAUCUAUGACUGUGGUAUUAGCAUGAAUCCGGAGCUGGAUUUGGGGCAGGUAGAGGGAGGGUUCAUCCAAGGCUGUGGGAUGUUCUUGUUGGAGAACAUCAUACUGGAUCCCAACACAAGCAAGGCACUUACAGACAGCACUAAUACCUACAAGCCGCCGUUGCCCAAAGACAUUCCCAUCAAACUGAAUGUCAAGUUCUUGAGGAAUGCGCCAAAUCCGACAGGUGUCCUUGGAUCCAAAAUCGUAGGCGAGAGUGGAGUCGUCCAAGGAGCCUGCCCAUUGUUUGCCCUGAAGCGAGCUAUAGAAGCUGCACGAGCUGAAGCCGGACAGGAGGGCUGGUUCCCGUUCUAUGCCCCGGCCAAGGUGGAGCGUAUCCAGCAGGCUUGUCUCAACGAUAUCUCCUCGUACACCCUUGGUACCGCGGACACUUCCGAUGAUUCAUAUGGAUGCACUAGCCAUUGA